GUAAACUGCAACAUGGCGACUCCCAUGCACAGGAUAAUAGCCAGGAGGCAAGCAGAGGCAAACAAACAGAAUGUGCGUUGCCAGAAGUGUUUGGAGGUCGGACACUGGACCUACGAAUGCACGGGGAAGCGGAAAUACGUGCACAGACCGUCAAGAACAGUUGAGAUGAAAAAGAAACUCAAGGAGAACGAAAACAAACCCCUCAGCAUUACUGGACCAGGAAUUGAAGGACCCAAUGAGAAGAAAAUGAAAAAGAAGGCUAAAGAUGGUAGCGACAGCAGCAGCGAUUCCGACGGCUCCUCAAGCGACUCCUCGUCAGACAGCAGCGACUCCUCUAGCUCCUCUUCAGAUGACGGCGACGGCAGCAGUGACAGCGAGGAUGACAGCUCUUCCUCAACUUCUUCCUCCUCCUCCUCCUCUUCGUCCUCGGGCAGCUCAGACUCAGGAAGCAGCAGCGAUUCAGAUCAGGGACCUCCAAAGAAGAAGAAAAAGAAGAAAUGAAUAAAUAUGUUGGAUUAAGUGGGUGUUCUUGUUUGUUACCCUAAGUAGAUUUUAGCUGUCCACUGUUUUUUCUAUUUUUUUCUUCCUUCGAAUCCAUUGUUGGAUCUGAUUGGACGGGAGACCUUUAGGGCUGUAAUACUGCUCCAGCAGUUUUAGCAAAAUGGAAAUUAGAGAGAAGAGAUUUUUUUGGGGGUUGGUCAAUGUGUCAUGUUCUGUUUUCAAAACACAUUUUCCCCUGUUAGUUUUGUUAAUGCGAUAUUUUCUCUUGUUUGUAGGUCUACUGAGGAUAUUCAUUUUAAAUAUCUGAAGAAACAGAUGUGCUUAUUCAUGUUGAAUUUGUGAUUUUGUAUUAAAGUAUAUUUUUAGUCAGACUUGGUGUGCUGCUCACAACCUAAAUAAUACAAUGCCAUAACUGGAAUUCAACAGACCUUUGAGAGCUAUUAAAGGAUAAGGCAUACAAGUUUGUUAAAUUUGACACUAGUUUGAAAUUAGAGGGUCUGUUUGCGAUGAAAUUGCAGUUGCUUGUUUCACUGAAAAAUAAACUUUGCUUUUUUUAUUUUCACUGCUCUUGUAAUUUGCCAUUGUAAUAGGUUUUAUUUUGCUAAAGAGAAUCGCAUAAUGACUACAUAUGCAUUGAAGAAUAAAAUGGUAAUCAAUUGACUUAUUUACAGAAAAGGAUAUUUAAAAAUAAAGAGCAUCUCACUUUGUCUGGAAUAUGAUGGUAUACAUGAUGCUAUUUCCUAGGUUUGUAUAAAAAGUGUUUUGAAAUUUUUAUUUGCAAUCAUGAGUUCAAUAUGUUGCCUCUCGGACUACCGGACCCUGGAUGAUGAUGAUUCAUUUGGGUGUGGCAGACCACAAAAAUGUCCAUAAUGCCACAGCUUAAUCACCACAAUAUGUGCUACAUACUGUAUGUGUAGCUUGAGUAACUUUUAAAGUGCAUUUUAAACACAUUUGCAAUUGACUGAAAUGGCAGGAAACGAUAUUUCGUAAUGUGCUUGAUCAAACACAACAAACUUUUUGGGGAAUAGUUGAUGGAUUUCUUCUAUUGAAUAAAUUGGAUCGUAAGUAGCCAACAAAGACUAAUCUAAUCGGUGAACUCUAUAACUGAGAAUAAUAAAGCACAAAAGACUGAAGUCGAUGGACAUAAAUUAAGCACCACAAAGUUACCAUUAAUGGAUGUGAGGAAACAUACAUGAACAUAUGUGUAACUUCAUUUACAGUAUUUCUAAUUAGCCAAAAAGAGACCUGUGACAACUGAAUGUAGUA